AUGGACCCGCCACCCCCCAAGUCGCAGGCGAGCCUCUUCCAGGUCUAUCUGCGACUGCGGCCAGCAACAACGGGUCUCGCAAAUUCAGCAAAUACGGAAAGGUGCUUGCUCGUCGAGGAACCCCAGAACUCCGAUACCUUGACACAUAUUACACUGAACCCUCCGAACGACCGACGCCGUGCCAUCGAAAAGUUCGCCUUCACACAAGUCUUCGAAGAAGACGCAACCCAGCUCGAUCUUUUUCAGGGCACUGGAGUCUUGCCCUUAGUGCAGGGUACACUUGCGCCUUAUGGAGGAGAUGGUACAGAUGGCCUCCUGGCUACUCUGGGAGUGACUGGCUCCGGUAAGACCCAUACCAUGCUGGGGUCGAAAACCCAGCGUGGUCUCACACAGCUGUCCUUGGAUGUUAUCUUCCGGUCGAUUGAGCCGAACAUCGUCGAUUCAAUCAAGCAGCCAACUCUCGAGGCGACCAUCUCGGCUUCCGACGCAUCUGAAGCAAGCAUAUAUUCAGCACCAGCUUUCCUCGAGACUGUCUACAGCGACUUUGCGGGCCCUUCAAGGGCAGGAUCAAGGGCGGGCACACCCAUGGUGGUACGAGAAACCCCAAAGAAAGACUUUAUUCGGCCCUCUCUGCGAGCGGCUUUCCCCGAACUGCCGGGCAUGUUUCCAGAAAGUCCUGGUAGCGUGCGCCUUGUUCGCCAAGAGGAUGAGAUGUCUAACAUCACUCAACUGUCCACGCCCCCAAGUGAGAUGGACAAGAGCAAGUUGCUCGCUUCCCGGACGAACACGAAUUCCAACAAGUCAAAGUUGGCAUUGGGAUCUCCGAGCAAAAACCACCAUUACAUGUCUCUUACUUCUGCUGCAAUGUCCAAGAACGUGACCAAAUCUAACAAAUCUCCUGUGAAGGGUGACUAUGCGCUCCCGCCGCCUACGCCCAAAGUGCGAAUGACAAGGCCGUCUGCUAUGCCACAUAACCCCGACAUCAACUCAAUCCGGGCAUCCUGCGACCCUUCAGCAGAGUACGCAAUCCUCAUCUCCAUGUACGAGGUAUACAAUGAUCGCAUCUUCGAUCUCUUGACACCACCAAUCCGAUCAAACGCGACGAAAGAAUAUCGCCGGCGGCCACUUCUGUUCAAGCCGACUGAACAAUCACCCGACCGGAAGGUUGUGGCAGGACUGCGCAAAGUCAUUUGUGGAAACCUGAAAGAGGCUCUCUUGGUAUUGGAGGCAGGUCUACACGAGAGAAGGGUCGCCGGUACUGGAAGUAACAGUGUGUCGUCCCGAAGCCACGGCUUCUUCUGCGUCGAAAUCAAGAAGCGCCGCAAAGGACGAACGAACGGAGCCUGGGGCGGCAGUACACUAAGUAUUGUCGACUUGGCAGGAAGCGAGCGAGCACGAGAUGCAAAGACCCACGGCGCAACUUUGGCUGAAGCAGGCAAGAUCAACGAGAGUCUCAUGUACCUCGGGCAGUGCUUGCAGAUGCAGAGUGACAUGGGCAACACCAGCAAGCCAAAUCUCGUACCUUUCCGGCAAUGCAAGUUGACCGAAUUGUUGUUUUCCAACUCUUUCCCUUCAGCCUCUCUGGCUCAGUCUCAGCCAGUCCAUCGUAAACCUCCCCAAAAGGCUGUAAUGAUCGUGACAGCAGACCCAUUGGGCGACUACAAUGCGACAUCACAGAUCUUGCGAUACAGCGCCCUCGCUCGUGAGGUCACGGUCCCCCGGGUGCCGUCGAUUACUCAGACUAUCCUCAACAACCAACAGCCGUCAUACCCUGACUUGCCCCAGUCCCGGUACAGUCCAAGCAGUAGUCCACCUUUGUCGUCUCCCAUAUCCCCUACGUCACACCACCACAAACCAUUCUUCCAUCCAUCUUCGCCUACGAAAAAUGGCAGUCGCAUCUUCAGUCCCGCUUCGGACACGGAGCGCUCAACGAUGGAGAAUGCCGCUCUUGAAAUCGCACGAAUGGCCGAAGUCAUCGAUCAGCUUAACGAUGAACUCGCCCGGGAGUCGGAAGCACGUAUGACAGCGGAGGCACACCUUAUGUCUAUGGAAGACCGGCUCGUGGACCUCGAGCAAGACAUUCGUGAAGAGUGCUAUGCCGACUUUGAACAGCGCCUUGCCCUCGAAAUGGCACGCAUCAAGGUCAACAUGGGGCUUGAGCAAGAGCGGAGCGAGGAGCACUGGGACAAGAAGGUCGAAGUUCUGGCUAGGGGUGUAGGAGUUACAUUGACGGCGCCGAGCGACGGUGCGGAAUCAGAGGAUGAGGAUAAAGAGAACGUCCUUAUCGAGAACCUCGAGCAGGAGAACGAGAGACUCAGGAGAGAGUUGGCGGUUUUAAAGAGAGAGCUCGGCUCUAGAACGCCGAGCAGAAGAACACCACUGGGCGAAAGAGGUGACUUUGUGGGCGUCAAGAAUGAAAUGGCAGGUCUGGGCAACAAAAUGGAGGAACUGAGGGUCGGUGACGUUAAUGAACAAAGCAAGGGAAGUGGAAGGAAAACACAGCCCGGGAGCACGGGAAGUCCCACGAAGAAGGUCAGGAAGCUGACCGCAAAGAAGUGGGAGAACAUUGACGCAGAUGAUGACUUGUUUUGA